AUGCGCCCAAGGGCAAGACCACAAUCGGGGACGAGAUCAUCACCGCUCUCUAUACAGCAAAAGACAAGUCUAAAGCCGCCCUCCUUGCGGAGGGUGCGAGAGCAACCAGAGUUCUUCACUCUAGGGUGUCGAGGAUAUCAAUCAUCAACCAGGGUGGGAUCUGUAGCUCCUUUAGGGAACCAAGAGUAG